AUGUGCAACGAAAUAUACGAAGAUUUCCUCCAUAACUUUCGGAAUGCAAGUUAUUUGAACAACCAUGCUAUAGUGACACCAACAAACCGAACGGUGACGGAUAUUAACGAGUAUAUGCUAGCGAUGGUUCCAUCCGUCGCCAAAACGUAUUUUAGCAUAGACUCUUUGACGGGAGCAUCUACAAAAAGUGACCAGCUUGAUAUUGUAUACCCUGAUGAGUUUCUGAAUUCUUUGUCGUUUAAUGGUCUUCCGGAGCAUCGUUUGGAGCUUAAGUGUUUGUACCUUUCAUGCUACUACGAAAUCUAA